AUGGAUGCCGCAAUUCCUCCCGCGGAGAGUAUCGCCCAGCUCCCCGUCUUGGACGCGGCGAAGCUGCUGCAGGGCGAUGAAGUAGAGAUCCAGAACCUGCUGCGCGCCUGCAAGACGCAUGGGUUCUUCUCGUUGAACCUGGGCGCGGACGAAACGUCGUAUAUGAUCGGCGCGUGGACCGAUGUUCUUGCGUUCAUGGAUCGGUACUUCGACCAGCCGACUGAGGUGAAGUUGAGGGAUGAGCGCCAUAGCGAUACCCAUGGCUACGAGCCGUGUGGUACCUCGACUGGUGCCACUGAUGAGCACCUCGACCAUUAUGAGAGCUUGAAGAUCUCGUUCACGGAGUGCAUGUCUCGAAGCGAGAAUCUGGCCCCGGCGUUGAAGGAGAAUAUCGAACUCUUCGAGACCUUCAUUGGCGGAGCCCAUCGCCUGGUGAUGGCUUUGCUCAAGUGUCUCACCCGCACGCUGGGGGAUCAGAUCCCUGGUCCCCUGGAAUCAUUCCAUGACCCUUCGCAGCCGACGACAAGCACGAUGGCCAUGUUCCGGUACCCGCGCCAGACCGAGGAAGAGGCCGCCAAGGGCGUCGGGCACAACAAGCAUACGGACAUCGGCACCUUCACCUUCCUCCUCUGCCAGCAGUGGGGGCUGCAGGUUCUCUCCCCGGUAGAGAAGAAAUGGCUCUAUGUGGCUCCCAAGAAGGAUCACGCCAUCAUCAACGUGGGGGACUCGUUGCGGUUCUUGACGGGCAACCAGCUCUUUUCGGCCGUCCACCGCGUCCUGCCCUUCACCCAUCGCCAGCUGGAGCACCGCCACUCCAUCGCCUUCUUUCUCCGUCCGGCUGAUAACACCAUCUACCGGGAUUCGAAGGACCGGUUGGUCACGGCCCGUAGCUGGCACGAUGAGAAGUUUGAUCAUUUCCGCGCUUCGCACGCUGAGCAGUCCGCCGACAGUAUCCUGACCGGUGGAAUGGAGCAAUUGGACCAAAUCAUCGUUCCCACUUCUGCCUGA